AUGCAAGACUAUAGCAAAAGACGGCUUACUUAUGAGACUGAUAAAUUUCCCGCCAUUUCUGCGCUCGCCAAGUUAAUCUCUGAGGAGAAUCCCGGUCAAGAAUACCUAGCAGGGCUCUGGAAAUCAGAUCUUCACAGGGGACUUCUAUGGUCUCCGUUCCCGAAGCGCAAUGUACAGGAUGUUCUGGAGCCUUGCUCUCACGGGUACAGGUUCAAACACGUCUCUCAAGAAUAUAUUGCGCCUUCAUGGAGCUGGGCCAGCUGUCCAGGUCCCGUCAACUGGCUCGGGGAAAUCAAUGGCCGCCUACCCGCUGAUAGCGCCUUCUUCCCCGAGUAUAGAUUACUUAAUGCCGAGGUUGUCGCUGCUGACAGGACAAACUUGUAUGGCCGUGUGUCCAGCGCAUGCCUUGAGCUUGAGGCAAAAUUACUUCGGGUGCCACUUGGCGGCGAUGGCAAAGCAAAAGUCGUAAAAAAUGCGGACACGGAAAAGACUUACACCUUUGGCUUCUUGUAUCUUAAUACAACUCAUGCUUUCUUAUCGCCAAGCGAUGAGUACGUUGCGAACUUUUCGCUGGAUUGGGAUUCUCCGUCCUUGGGUAUUUCGGACAGUGCAAACGAACCCGUAGAGCAAAUGUGGAUGAUGCUGACUAGCAGUAUUCAACACAAGAAACCGCUGGAAAACCAGUCACGGGGGUUUGCCCCUGGAGAGAAUUGCCUGGGUCUGCUAUUGCUCCCAACGGAGAACGAGAGGGAGUUCAUUAAAGUGGGUAUCUGGCUUUAUCAUCUCUAUAAACAUCAGGGUAAAAGGCAAUGGGAGGGCAUUCAGCCACAGUCCAUAAGAAUUGUCUAG